AUGUCUUCAGAUCUUGCUUUCUUUGCAACUCUAUCAACUAUACGAGAAAAUAUAUUCAAAUAUGGUGGAGUAUUUUUACUUUGUGCAGGUACUGUUAGUUGUGUUCUCAGUUUAUUUGUCUUCAGUAAAAAGGCUUUACGAAAAAACCCAUGUGGAAUUUAUUUGAUUGCAGCAAGUAUUGCAAAUUUUAUAAUGAUUUACAUAUCACUCUUAGAAACGACACUCUCAAUAGGUUAUAGGAAUGAUGUUACUGCAUCCAAUCUUAGUUUUUGUCGCAUAAAUCUUUAUCUAACAUUUGUCUCUGAUAAUUUAAGUUCAUAUUUUCUAAUUAUGGGAUCAAUCGAUCGUAUGUUACUCACUUCAAGGAAUGCUCUAACAAGACAACAUAGCACUUCUCGUCUUGCUUAUAUUAGUAUCAUUGGUAUAUCGAUUUUCUGGCUUGUAUUUCAUAUUCAUGCCCUUAUUUUACCAGAGAUUAUUCAACUUUAUCCAACGUAUUUCGCUUGUUAUUUCCCAUCCGGAUCAUAUUUAACAUUUAUUACGUAUUAUUUACUAAUCAGAAUAAUUCUAACAUUAUCAUUGAUGGUUACUUUUGGCUUAUUCACGGUGAGAAAUAUUCAAAAUAUGCGGCAAAAGCAGGUUUUACCUUCCGUACAAGGGACAGAAUCCUCAACACAUGUCACUGUGAAUACUGUACGUUCAAAAGAUCACUUACUUAUCCGAGUUUUACUAUUAGACAUUGCUGUUUAUAUGAUCUUUAACUUAUUGCUAGCGGCCAUCCUUCUUUAUCAACAAAUCAUCCAGAACCGACCAGUUAGUCUGUAUGACAGGCAAGUUGUGAUUUUUAUCACAGGUAUUGCCACUUUUAGUAAUUAUUUUCCAUAUUGUAUUGGAUUUUACACAAAGUUAUUCAUAUCAAAAGUAUUUCGAAAGGAAGUGAAAGCUUCUUUUUUAUGUGAAUAG